GGUCAUUAAAGUAGUUGGUACUCCAGUCGGGCUUCUAUCAACAUCGUCAUUACACGCGCAGUGUUAAAAUGGCAUCAGCACUUUUGUCAUUGAUACUGGGUGCAUUAAUAUUAUUGUGUCCGUACUUGUACCUACAAUAUACGUACUGGAAAAGAAAGGGGAUUCCAACUGCUGCAGGAUGUUAUCCCUUCGUUGGCCACAUGUUGCCUGUGCUAGCUAUGAGAAAAAACUUCCCCGAAUUGAUGCGCAAAAUAUACAACGAUCACAAAAACAGCAGUAUGGUUGGUCUUUACAAAGCAAUGAAACCAAUUCUAGUUAUUCGCGAGCCGCAGUUAGUAAAAACAGUGCUACAAACCAAUUUCUCAAACUUCCACGACAACGCUAUUGAAAUCAUUCCGGAAAUCGAUCCAUUGGUGGCCAAAAAUCCAUUUGUUAGUUACGGAGAAACUUGGUCGAUCGGAAGGAAGCGCUUGACGUAUGCGUUUUCCAGCUCCAGGCUAAAAUCUUUAUUUAUAACCGUCGACGGAGUAUGCAAGAAGUUUCAAGAUUACCUGAACAGGCGAUUGAGUUUGAAUGGCAAGUACGAAGUUGAAUUGAAAUAUCUGUUCUCAAAAUUCACCGGCGAAGUUAUUGCGAACGCUGGAUUGGGCAUUGAAGGACUCUGCUUCGAAGAUAAGGACAACCCCAUGGCAUUCGACCAGAUCGGUCAUUCGAUAUACACACCGAACUUCAUCGAAGGAUUUUUUAUAACAUUCUUGUCCCUUUUUCCGAAUUGGAAUCGUCUGGCAAGAGUCAAGUUCGUCCCCAAAGAGUUGGAGGAAAUAUUUAAAACAAUAGUCCAGAAAAAUUUGGAGAGUAGGCGAAAAGAAUCGGCACCUAGGAAUGAUUUCCUACAAUUAAUGAUGGACCUCGAGAAAUCAGGCGAGAAGCUGGAUUUGGAGGCUGUCACGGCACACGCGUUUUCGUUUUAUAACGACGGAUACCAGUCUUCGAGUAUCACAUUGGUAUACAUUGGAUAUCACUUAGCAGCUAAUCAGGACGUUCAGGAUAGAGUGAGAAACGAGGUGAAGACAGUGAUCGAGAAACACGGUGGUGUAUUAACGUACGAAGGACUGAAGGAGAUGACGUACAUGGACCAAGUGAUCAGUGAAUCGCAAAGAUGUUCUGUAGGAGUAGGUACGAUGCACAAGUUGUGCACCGAACAGUUCCAUUUGGAGGGAUCCGAUGGACUGAAAUAUCAUGCGAAACCGGGUACUGAAAUUAUUAUACCCGUUUACGCACUGCAGACAGAUCCGAAAUAUUGGCCCGAUCCGGAGACCUUCGAUCCGGAACGAUUCAGCGAAGAGGGGAAAAAGAACAAUGAGAAAUAUACUUUCCUACCUUUUGGUGAGGGACCGAGGAUGUGUGUGGGAAUGAGGAUGGCUUUGUUGCAGAUGAAAGCUUGCGUAGCUACUCUGUUAAAGGAUUAUAAAAUAGAAUUGUCGCCGAAAACGAAACUUCCAUUGAAGAUCUCACCUGUUUUCUUCACACCGUUACCAGUUGGUGGACUGUGGGUUAAUAUCACGAAGCUGUGAAUAUGAUUUGUACACUCACACUCAAAAGUUUAUAGCACUCUCUACCUUUCCGACGAAACAAAUGUUUUCACACAUGAUAUACUGCGUUCACAUUAAUAUUACACUAUUUUAAUAUGUUUCAUAGUAAAGUUUAGGAA